AUGAGCGGCUCGAUGGUGCACAAGAAACGAUCCCGGGCCGCGACGCGGCGGAUCGAGCUCGACGAAGUGCUUCUAUUCGGUGACGAACCAUUGGAGUUACGCGAAAGUGCCAACGGCACCCCGGAAUCCGGCGGUGGCAGCAUCGGACCCGGGUCCAAGCACAAGCCGAACGUCGGCUACCGGCUGGGCAGGCGGAAGGCCCUCUUCGAGAAGCGCAAGCGCAUCAGCGACUACGCCCUCGUGAUGGGCAUGUUCGGCAUCAUCGUCAUGGUCAUCGAAAACGAACUGUCCAGCGCCGGCGUUUACAGCAAGGCCUCGUUUUUCUCGACAGCACUGAAAACCCUGAUCUCUGUGUCUACUGUGAUACUGCUUGGCCUCAUAUUUGCUUACCAUGCCUUAGAAGUUCAGUUGUUCAUGAUCGAUAACUGCGCGGACGACUGGCGAAUCGCGAUGACCUGGCAGCGGAUCGCGCAGAUCUCGGUGGAACUGACGAUCUGCGCGAUCCAUCCGAUCCCGGGCGAGUACUAUUUCCUGUGGACGACCAAGCUGGCAAACAAGAAUGGCGACAUCGGCUCCAAGUGGGUGCCGUACGACGUCACCCUCUCGCUGCCGAUGUUCCUCAGGCUCUACCUCAUCUGCCGGGUGAUGUUGCUGCACUCGAAGCUCUUCACAGACGCGUCGUCGCGAAGCAUAGGGGCCUUGAAUCGCAUCAACUUCAACACCAGGUUCGUUCUCAAGACCCUGAUGACCAUCUGUCCGGGAACGGUGUUGCUGGUCUUCAUGGUCUCCCUGUGGAUCAUCGCCUCGUGGACACUACGACAGUGCGAAAGGUUCCACGAUGAGGAACAUGCAAAUCUCCUCAACGCCAUGUGGCUCAUCGCCAUUACGUUCCUGAGCGUCGGUUUUGGCGACAUUGUGCCCAACACAUACUGCGGUCGAGGUAUAGCCGUCUCCACUGGAAUGAUGGGCGCCGGGUGUACCGCUUUACUGGUAGCAGUCGUCUCCAGAAAGCUCGAACUUACGCGGGCGGAGAAGCACGUGCACAACUUUAUGAUGGACACACAAUUAACGAAAAGGUUGAAGAACGCCGCGGCGAACGUGUUGCGGGAAACGUGGCUGAUUUACAAGCACACUCGUUUGGUGAAACGCGUCAAUCCCGGACGCGUGCGGACCCAUCAGCGGAAAUUCCUGUUGGCCAUAUACGCACUCAGAAAGGUGAAAAUGGAUCAGCGUAAAUUAAUGGACAACGCCAACACUAUAACGGACAUGGCCAAGACGCAAAACACCGUCUACGAGAUCGUCUCGGACAUGAGCACGCGGCAGGACGCGGUGGAGGAGCGUUUGGUGGGUCUGGAGGACCGUCUGGUCGGCCUAGAGGAGAAGCUGACCUCGCUGCAAGGCCAGCUGGAGCUGUUGCCGGAGGAGCUGACUCGCUGCCUGGCCCAGCACGCCGAGCGGAUGGAACAGCGGCGUAACUUCCUCCAUCCGGACACCGCGGUAGCCAUGGCGGCUUCCGGCGGCGGCGGCAUCGGCGGCGGCGGCGGCGGCGGUGGCGGCGGCGGCGGUGGCGGCGGCGGCGGUGGCGGCGGCGGAGGAGCGAUGCCAGGCGCGAGCCUGGGCGUUUCCGGUGGCGGCAGCAUCGCCUCCGCCGCACACCACCCCCUCGCCAGCCUCUCCAACUCACCCCUGCUGCCGCACUCGCGCAGCGUACCCAGCGCGCCCAGCACCAUGUCCCUGCACCCCAUGGCCCGGUUAGUCCCGGUCUUACCGCCCGUCUCCAGCCGUACACCCCACCUGGUGCCGGAAACCGGCAGGCAUCACGGCCUCAGUCACUCCGCCACGGUGACCACGACCUCGCAGUCGGCCACCAGGCUCACCUCGCAGGCCGGCAUGGGUGGGUUAGGCAACAGCCAAGGCUCGGACACGUCGGCGCACAGCUGAGUCUCGUCUCUGCAGCCGCAGCACUCGUACUAAGGUCCUUCGCCGGUUUUGCGCGUGAUCGCGGACGGUGACCGUUGCCGAUCGACAAUGGUGGGCCGCCUCGACUAGAUGUAUCGCAGUCGAUACAACACUGCUCGUCGAUGCAAUACUGAUGACAUAAUCGCAUUACAAUCGACUGGAGAUUCUCUCCUCGCACAAACAAAUGUGAGAACUCCCAUCUGGAGCGGUGUAUCCUCGUCCAUAUCCGUAGUCAUUUAAUGGUUCGCCAUAAUUGAAGAGUCUCUAUCCAAUUGUUGUAGACAGUCGAUUAUACAAAUUUACAUUGGUACUUUUACCAGAGAAUACAAAAUUCUCGGAAAGGUAGUUUUCAUGAAAUCGCGAUUACGCGAUUUGAAAACAAUCGUCUCGAAGGGGAUUACCAAUCCCGCUAUCUAUAAGCAAAUUCUGCGCAUAGAUUUAUAAAUUAGUUUGUUUGACUUUAAUUUUAUACAUACGAAUUUUCUUAGUUCCACAGUUGCCAAUCGAGGACCCUUUCGUAAAAAAAAAAAAAAAAUAAAUAAAAUGAUUUUGUUCCAUAUGCGGAACAAAAAAGCUUCGUACGGAACAACUUUCUCUCUAACAUCUAACUUAUUUCCAAACGGACCACAGCCAAAAGAUAUAAUCAACGAGGAACACUGCGUUAAACACUGCGAGAAUUUUGCAGCGGCCAAAUCGAUCGAGCACGACCGUCUGCUUCCCGUGCGAAACUCAUCUAACGAUGGGCCUUUUUGCGUUCCACGCGUACCUUCGAGUCCCUCCUUGGAAAAGUUGGCGAGAUUCAGAUUAGAAUGGCGCAGCAAGCGCGGUCGUAAAAGAAUUCAGAAAUUGAACGUAAUUGCGCGUGUUUUCAACGUAGUUGUAAACUAUAAAUCACUCGGCAUUCAUCUUUUUGCACCAGACUCCUCAAUUGUCUAAUUUUCCGAUGGAAAGAUGGCGUCCAAUCUCUUGAGUCUUCCCACCUAUUCUGAUCGCCUAGUUCUGUCAACUCCUUCCAAUCGUCGACCUUUCACUCGCCAAUCUUGGCAGAAGUACGCGAUCAAAGGCGGAAAGAUUGAAGGAGAAUUGAGGAUAACCGGAAGUGAAAAGAUCUGCGCCGGAAUCAAUUCCGGAUGGACGAGAGAAGGAGGGGAAGUCUCAGGGUACGCGCGGCUUCUUCCACUGGCUGCGCGCUGCUCCCCUGCCCAACUUGCGUGCCUGAAUAACUGUUUUCUUAUAAUUAAAUGUACAUUCGACACACAGGAACUCCACCUUGUAUCUCUGUAUAUCUCGAAGAGUCGCGGACGGGCAUAACGUGCGUGUACAGGAAGCUCGUGUGCGGACAAGGACUGGCCCGAAGGUGAACCAAGCCGGCUCUUAAAGCCUCUCGCGCCUAAUUAAGGUAAAACCGGCCCUUUCCCUUCUCUCGGCAGCAGAGGUGUAUAAAGGGCUACUAUUACGUUCGUAUCUCUCGUCCGAAGCUAAACUUAAAUGAUUUCUCCUAGGUAAUAUCGUAACAGUGAUCUUUGCGUACAAUUAUCCCGUAACACGCAACGACCUUUAUGCAUCCUCUGGUUCUGGAUUUAGGCAUCGCCUGUCUACGCGACUCACACGUUUUACAUUUUUGAGCGUUGAACUCGUUGAACUCGUGAAUUCGUAUUCGUAAAGUAAAAGCGCUAUCGCGAUCGCGCGAAUUAAACCGCUCAAAUGGAAGAGAGUAGACUCAAGAUCGUGCCGUCGUAUUUGAUCCUGGAUAUGUGAUACCUAGUUCAUGAAUUCUUCUGCAUAUCGUAUACAUUCCUCCUCUCUGUUAUUUUUCCAUUUAGAAAACCCAUCCCUCCCGGUCAGUCGCGUCGACGAGACGUUAGUAAACUCAACAUCAUUUGCAUAAAGUGACGCGUCUUGCGUCUAGGAGUCUCGCAUAUUUCCUUUAGGACGACGCCUAGAGGCGCGCUUUAAGGGCCGGCGCGAGAAACCCGACGGGUGUCCAGGAAAACGUAUAUAUAGAGAGAGAAUGCAAAGUGAUCUUAUCCGCUUUAACGUCCGUAGGUUAUAUAGGAUAUUAUAUUGUUAGAUGUAUGUUGUACAUGGCGCACGGGUACAAAAAAAAAA